ACGAAAAAGGAAAAAAACAAUGUCAAAUGAAACUUCCCUGCACAAAUGAACACACUCUCUGUGUCUCUUCUCUUUCCCAUUCUCAUCCCUCACAACUUAAAAAGUUCUCCAAAUGCCUUUCUCAAAUUAACACUGUUCUCCUUCCAAAAUCCAUCAAUUCUCAAACUACACCAUUCCUCCAUCCCUUUUCUUCUUUGAAAUGAAUAUCUUCUAAUUUUUUUCUUCCUUCUUUAUUGCAUAGAUCUCUAACUAGGUGAUAGGAUAUUUCAAUUACUGUCUGGGGCACACAUCACUUCCCAUUCCAUGGAUUGCAGAGGUCAUAUUUUGUUUAAUCUUCUUUUCAGGCUUUCUAUUUUUCAAAGAGAAUUCGAACAAGCCCACUUCGGGUUUGCUCCAAAAAUCGAAACUUUUUAAGGUUUCCGAGAAACACAAUUUGUUUUUUCAAAAUCUUUUCUGGGAUUUGGUGUUGAAGCAUGUCUGUGGUAUUGGAUAUAAGUUCUGACGAAGAAGAGGAUUUGGAGAAGGGUCUAAAAAAAAAUGAUUUUGAUUGGAUAAAAGAGUUUCUCUUCACUUCUGAUGAUGAAGAAUCCGAUGAUUCUGACGAGGUUGUCAUAAUCCGCGAGAACAAACCUGAGUCGAAGUCAAAGUCUUCAACUUUGGUUGUGAAGGAUGUUGUUGUUGAUGACGACGACGAUUGUGUGGUUUUGGAGGGUGAUCCUCAAAACGGUGUCGCUUCUGUGGUAGAAGAAACAACUGAGUCAGAUGAGUUGCUUGUAGUUGGGGAGAAGGGUCAGAUUGCAUGCAGAGACUAUCCUCAUGCCCGACAUCUUUGUGCUAAAUUUCCUUUCUCUUCCACCCCUCACGAGAGGCACUGUAGCCAGUGCCACUGUUAUGUCUGUGACUCCCUAGCACCAUGUCUAAGGUGGGGCACUGGCAUUUUGAGUUCUGAUCAUUGUCAUGCAAAUGAUAAAACUGAGCUAUGGAAAAUUCAGAGAAAAAAUUUUAGGCUGGGCCAGAGUUCCCCAUUACCAGCUUCAGCUAAUCAUGGCACUUCACUCCGAGCAGUACAUCCCCAGCAUGACGAAUUUCUGCAUGUUGAUAUUACUCACUUGUCUCCAAAUUCCGUAUUACAGAAUCAAGCAUCCAGACCCGCUGCAAUGCGCACUUUCCCUGCACUCAACUCCUUACCGCAAAUCCAGGCCUCUCGGCCAACAACAAUGCGUACCCUCACCCCUUCACUGAAUUCAAGUGUGCAGAAUCAGGCCUCUAGGCCAGUUAACAUCCCUGUAAUGUCCACAGCCACCAACCUAGCAAUACCAAAUGAUGCUAACCGUGGUAGGUGUCGCGAAUCUGGAUCUACUUUGGUGAGAAACAGAUACCAGCCUCACUCUUUACCUAGGCCUGUGCUUGGUGUACGUAGUCAUGUCAUCCAAAGGGAGCGAGGAAAUUGUGCUAGCAGUUUACGACCUCAGCUCCUUCGUCCUCAUACAACGUCCAAGGGAUUAGGCAGUGCUGGGGACACCCUGACCAUGAAUAAUUCUUCUCAUGCUUCAUCUGGCUUCAGCAAUCGUAUUAAUGCAACACAGCAACGUAACAAAUAUCAUACUGCGACAGGAUUCUCAAAUUACAGAAAUCACAAUGGGCCAAAUGAUGUUUGUCAUCCAAUAAAUUUAUCACUUUACUCACCACCAAGCUCUGAACCUGCCAACCUGAGUUGUGUUGACAAGCAUACUGUGGCUUCUGAAAUGCAAGCAUAUAGCCAGCCACUGCCCCAAUCAAAUGAUAGUCAGAAUUUCCAUCAAACUAGUAUUCAGGGUAAUGAUGAUGCUCCUUCCAGUUAUGCAACAUGCCUGAACCCGAAGAGCAAUCAGCCGGGAAAUGAGCCUCAAAUCAGAAUUCUAAACGAAAAUGCUAAUAGAAAUAUUACCCAAUGUGGCAUUGCAAGUCAAGACACUUGCCAACCAAAACCACAUGAAGAGAGUCCAAGUGAAGCUGCCAGAAGAUUUCCAGCUUUUGACUCAAUUUGGAAACACUAUACGGACGAAAGCAUUGGACCGCAAAUUGAAUGUUCUCUACAGAACUCAGGAUCUAUAGACCAACAAGCACCCAAUGCCAAGGAGUCUCGUACUCAGUUUUCUGGAAGCAAUGAACAUGUGACUGAAUGUUCUCAAUUAUCCACUCCACUUCUUGAUUUUGAAAACUGGCUUUUGGAUAAAGACUGUGGUCCAAUGGUAACAGAUGGUGUUUUGCCAUCUGAUCUGAGCAUACCAUCUCCAGAUCUCGACCCGGUUGACAUGGGCAUGAUGUUAUUUUAUCUAGAUCAAGGGGUAUGAAUGAGUUCAAGGUGAGCAGCCAAUAUAUAUGCUACUUACUGCAAUCUUCAAUGCAAUUGCUCAGAGUUGGUUGACAGCUGAAUGAUGUUACAAUGGUUACUUCGUUUUGUGUCUAUUUAUGACUUGCUCAACUUUGAGUAAUACAUGGCAGUUUCAUUUUGAGGCUCAUCAACUAGUGUUAGGAGCUGAACAUGUUAGGUGUUCCUUGAUGCUUAUAGUUGAUGUAUGGUUGCUAGCAUAGGCUAAUUUAGUUUUGCUUUAUUUCAUUGGAUGUAGCAAAGUCAAGUCGUGGCUUAUUUGCCUAGCAUCAACCCUUGAGGGUAUAAAUUGAAUAUAUGAUCAAAGCUAGUAAAACCAACAAAAUAGUUGAGCUAGUCUUGUUUUCUAUCUCGCAUUGAGUCUUUCAUUUUCAAUUAUGCAGAUCGUAAUUGUUUAUAUUUAUCUAAACUUUGUGACUAAUGACAUUUUUAAGGGUAUGAGUAGUGUGGCAUUUAAAU